CCACAAGAAGAAGCAGAAGACUAAUAUGUCUGGCAAAACAAGGAGUCUGUUCGGAACUGCUUUCAAACAUUUUUUAAAUUCUCUAAAGCCUCGCACAUCGCCAGGAGUAUUGGUGGGAGCUGAUCGACAUGGCAAUAAAUAUUACGAGAUACAAGCAGAUCCAAGUCGAGGGAAGAGGUACCCCAAGAGAUGGCUUGUCCCACUCUCUGAGGCAAACUAUAGAGAAGAGAUGAUUUCUUUUGAAUGGAAUGCGUGGUUAAGGAACCGCCGGGCUGAUCCACCAUCUGAAUCAGAAAUUAUGGGGAAUGCUUCUUACUCCAAAAUGCUGAAGGAAAAUGCUGAUAAGCUUGAUGAAAAGGAAGGAAAGAAGGUGGAUGAAUCUGCAAAGCACACCAACAUGUCCAGCUAUCCUGUGUAUGAAGAAUAUGAAGUGACACCUGGUGAUAAACAAGGUAAUUUCAAGUGAAGGAAGUUCAUAAAUAUAAUCAUUUUCAUUUUUUCUAAAUAAAUUUUUUUUUUAUUAUACAAGUGUAUAUAGAAGUACGUAUUAUUGUACAUAAUAUAUUAGUUUUCCUAUAACUUGUUAAAGUCUAGCGAUAGUUGAAGGAAUGCCCUCAGUGUUUUGUGUGGUACUCCGCAUUGUAUAUCCUGUAGAGCUUAGAUGAAACAAUGAGAUUGUGAGCAGAAGGUGAGAGUUAACAUGUGUUCACUUCUCUGACACAUCGAGGUCACAGUGAUAUAUAGGAGCCAUCACCGGUGUCCAUUUGUAAUACCCUCCUUAAUAUGUUGGGCUUCUGUAUGUAUUAUUAUUGUUAAAUACAGUAUAUGAGUGAUUCUUUUAAA